AUGAGCAAGGGCGACGAUGUCGAGGAGUUUGAAGACGCACCGGUGGAAAUUCUGCCCAAGGAAGUCCGACUCGCUGAAGAUGCUGACGAUACGCUGCCCAAUACGUUGGUGAUCACCGUGUUGCAAGCCCGUCACCUUCAGCCUUCUACAUUUCGAGAUACUCUUAGUUGCUACGUCAAACUGUCAUCGCUGGGGGUCGAGUACAAGACCAGCGUCAUGACCAAGACUCGAGAACCUCGAUGGCACGAAGUCUUCGCUUUCCGAGCUGUAGACUGGACCACAGGAGUGACCGUGUCUGUGCGAGACCGGCUGCCAAUCAAGAUGCACUUCAUUGGUCAGGUCGUGAUCUCUUCGGCCGAAAUUGCUGGUCUGCCGGGGAUGACCACGCAGCGCUGGUUCCCACUGCGAGAUAAGGGCGUAGCAGGGCAAUUAACUGGAGCAGAACUGGAGCUCAAGGUGGCCUUGGUGUACACGAAAGCUAAUGACCAAGAGCUAUUCCAAUCUGGAUCAGCUGCUGCGGAGCUGGAGCACGGGGCUGUAGGUGCGGGGCUUGCGGAUUUACUGGUAGGACAGGAGGACGAGACUGAAGAAGAAGUGGAUGCUCGGGCGAAGGCUCUUCUCCGACGGGAAGAACAAGAACGGGAGGCUCUAGCUGCCGUUGCGUCGCUGAAACCAGGAGAUUACCAGGUGCAAGUGCAUAUCAUCGAAGCAAGGGAUCUCAAGGGAGAAAAUCUGAGCGGCACGUCGGAUCCGUACUGCCAAGUGGACAUCAUGGGUGUAUCAAAGAAGACAUCGACAAAAUACGACACACUGGGCUGCGUCUUUGAUGAAAUCCUGUUCUUCAAUUUCCCGAAUAUUGGUCGUCAUGAGCUGCAAGAGGCAUCGAUAAAGAUCACCGUCUACGACAAGGAAAAAGUGCUUAAAGACAACUUGAUCGGCAUCUACCAGCUCGACUGUCUCUCUGUAUACGCUCAACCUCACCACGAGUUGUACCGCCAAUGGAUCGCUGUUCAUGACAAUUUGAGCGCGAAAGAUCGAGGAAUCCAGGGAUUUCUCUUGAUUAGUGUGGUGCUACUGGGGCCUGGUGAUGCAUUGCGAGUGCAUGACCGUGAGGCUGAAGUCGAACAAGAACUUGCCGAGGCUGCAGGCGAAAACCUACCGGACGAUAGUGACCAAGCGACUAUCUCUCCACUUGUUCUGAUUCCUCCCGCUAUCGAGCUUAAGCUACAGUUUCUGGUAGUAAGAGUACUACGAGCCGAGCAUUUACCUGCCAUGGACACGGGAGGACUGCUGCUCGGAGCUGGCAUCGACGCGUUCGUACAAGUUGUAUUUGCGGCUAACUCACCGUGUAAAACUUCGGUUGUGACCGUAAAAGGACGUGGGAAUCUCACCCCCGAUUUCUAUGAAGAGCUCUGGCUGCCUGUACGGAUCCCUACUUUUUCGAGACACAUCGGCAUCUCGAUAUGGGAUCGAGACCUGACGUCUCCGAACGAACUGGUCGGUGUGGCUUCACAAGAUUUCCAAAAAGUUCCAGCUGAAACUGUGGAGAACUCAGCUAAUUCAAAGUCACCGGAGAGUCCACAGAAAACAAGAUUUAUGCUUGGGGACAGUGACGAUGAAGAUUUUGAAGAAGAGCUGAGUGACACUGCGUUGCGAGAGAAGCUGGAGUUUGAGGAAGAACAACACAGACUUCAGGCGACUGCACCACGUUGGUACAAUCUCUAUGGUCCUCCCUUACGGGGUACCAAUCCAAAGCGGAAGCAGCUAGUAUCUCGACACCCUGAACUUGGUUCGACCUAUCGUGGUCGCAUUCUAAUUUCCACAGUCCGAGUUGAGUCGCCUAGACCAGAAGAUGGUGAGAAAAUGCACGCUAAACCAAUGUCCGCAGAAGAGCGUGAGCGGUUGGAUCGGAGUACGCCCAAGACAGUCAAGUAUAUGCUUCGAGGAGCGUUGUACUGUGGCGUCGAUCUACCUAGAAGUUCAUCAAGUGCGCUAAUUGGAGGACCCUCCCAAGUUCGAGUCUCGCUCUUACUGGGACCUUAUACCAUCACGUUCGAAAGCCAGCAGGUUGCAAAGGAUGGCACUGCCACGUUCGAGCAGUGCUUGGAGCAUGGAUCUGCGUUGGAAUUACCAGCAGAUUUGACUCAAAUUCCUGACAUUAUCGUCACUCUUAGUCGGUCUGUUGGAGUUGCAAGGAAGGAGGAGUUCGUAAGUGUAAGUUUUGCGCGUUUCCGAGCAGAGAAAUUAUUUGAUAGUGGCUUCACUGCAAAAUGCCAGUGGGUUGUACUUCGAGAAGAGAUAUCUCGUCGCCAGACACGACAUGCGCUUGAGAGGACGCAGAAUCCCGGAGUACUUCUGCUUCGUUUAGGCUUUGGACGAGUGGAAAUGGCAGCGAAACAUCCAUGGAUGAGCGAAGGCGACAGUACCGAGCUUUUUGCCCCAUUUCGGUUCCCUCGAGUACAUCGGGAGAUACGCGUGCACAUUUUCCAGGCUCGUGGACUCGAGUCUCCGGUUCAUGUGGCACGUGUGCCCAGUCCUGCGGUAAAUGUUCGCUGUUGUGGCCAUCAAAAGCGUACGAUGGUGUGCCAAAACACACCAGCUCCUCUUUUCUACGAGUCUCUAGUAUUUCUCUCAAGUGCUCCAGCUUCUGACGUGGUGUACACUCCCGAGAUCGUAUUACAAGUGGAAGAUGCGAGUGGAAAUGCGGCUGGGGCUCUGGGAGAAUUACGCUUGUCAUUGGCCUCAGCUGUGCGGUCUGUCGCCACUGCUGGAUCACCGAAACCACGUUGGCACGAGUUGAAAAAGCCUCGAAGUCGGUCUUCCACUUCUGUGAGUCUGCUACUAGCAGAACAAGCUGGAAGUGGAUCAGCAGGGCAAUUACUGGUUGCGAUUCAGUAUAUCGACCACACGGGAUCAGCUCCGCCUGGAAUUCUUCGUCCCCCAGCCCCAAUCAGACCGAAAUAUGUGGAAGCGAACCUGGAUAUUGUUGCUCUCGGUGUUCGACAUUUGAAGGCACUCAGCACGUUGGGAAUUCGACGACCUCAUGUUGAGUUUGAGCUUAUAGGAGGCUACUUUGUUGACGGUUCCAGUGUGAAGCGUACUCAAUCUGCAACGGGAUCCAGCAGCAAAAACGCGAACUUCUUGGAUCGUAUCGUUGCGCUUGUGAAGCUUCCAGUUGACACACUGUACGCACCUCAACUACAAAUUCGAGUAUGUGAUUCAACACUAGGAGGUCUACGCAAGACAACGUUGGCUUCUUGUAUCGUAGAUCUAGCGAGUAAACUCCCGUGGAGUCCAACGUAUCGGGUGGAGAUUGCGGCUGGCUCUGGGUCUCAGUUCCGAAGUCCAUCCAAACGCAAGACAAUUCAACAGAAUGAGGGCACGAAAUCUGGUGCAGAAGAGAGCGAGAUGAAGUAUUUGUUUGAUGAAGGUCAACCUGAAGAGGAGACGGAGUAUCCACUUGACGAUGGCACUGGCGUCGGAGAUCUCGUCCUCCCGUCGGUGUUACAGUCUCAUGCACGGGUCAGUAGCAGUAAAAUACUGGAAGAUACCGAUCCUGCCGUGAUAGAACAACGUCGUCGAGAACAAGAGCGGCGCUACAGUGCUGGCAAGGCAGCAUUCCUGCUCUCCCAUCAGCCUUCUAGUGAUCGACAAGGGUCCGUUCUUGGCUCACCAAGGAGUAGCAAUCGCGAUCAAGAGCAGCAUCGCGCUCCCUACCUUCGAGGUCGCGACUGGUGGAUUUCCCAGUAUGGUGGCGAAGAGCUCGAGAAGUAUUUUUCCAGCCCAGCUCUUGAAACUUACCAACUCAAAAGACCCGUACUCUCACGUCCAUCGCUGUUCAGUUUCGAGCGCGUGAAGGUACAACUCCGUGCUGGAGUCUUCAAAGGACGGAUCACAGUGAUCGAACGGAGAGCUAAGAACGAAUCUCGAUCACAGGAAGAGGAGCGAGCAAAACAAGAGCAUCUCGAGUUGCGACGACUUCAAGAUGGACCUCAACGCGUGGUCGUUCGAGUUUACAUGCUUCGAGGACAAAGCUUGCAGGCCAAGAACGCCAAUGGCUAUUCCGACCCGUAUCUCCGUUUAAAGCUGGGUAGUAAUCGGAUUAGUGAUCGCCCGAACGCUUGUACCAACACGUUAAAGCCAGAAUUUUUCCGCAUGUUUGAACUAGAGACAACUUUACCCGGAGCUUCGCAACUUGAUAUCAACGUUUGGGAUCGAGGUCUGGUCACGGAUCAACUGAUCGGGUCUACAACGAUUGAUCUAGAGGAGCGUUGGUUCCAUCGUGAGUGGCAGGAGAUCGGCGAAGGGAAGCUAAAACCUAUUGAGUAUCGACAUCUGUACGUCCCACACAAUCGUACUACAUCACAGGGCGUCUUGCAGCUAUGGGUGGAUAUCCUAACGACUCAAGAAGCAGUUCGCAUUGAGCCUGUGGAUAUCUCACUACCAGCUCCAAAAACAUUUGAGGUUCGUGUGGUUGUGUGGAGAGCUGAAAAUGUACAGGACCAAAGCCAAAGCGAAAUCAACGACUAUUUCGUUAAAGCCUGGAUGGAAGGUGCGGGUGACUCUGGUAGUAAUCGAGCGGAAAGUACCGACACGCAUUGGCGUUGUUCGAAUGGGAAGCCAUGUUGGAAUUGGCGUUUGGUCAUGAAAACCGAGUUUCCUCCUCGAUCACCUGAACUCGCGCGUCUUCAUAUCCAGCUAUGGGAUAAGGACGUUCUCAAGUGGAAUGACGUACUAGGAGAGGCUCAGCUAGACCUGUACAAAUGGCUGCGUCGAGCUUACGAAACGAAUCGCUCGGUGGCACCUUUCCUAGAGCUCAAGCGUCUAGCACGACAGUCCAUUCUUCCAGGAGAGACACUCAGUGAACCCACUGAAAAAGGGAAUACCGGCAAUAGUCUUGACAGCAGUAGCGAAGACGAGAACGAUGCUGUUGUCAAGCUGCCACGUGAAGAUAAUGCUUUACUUGGAGAAAAGAGUCCUAAGAAACCUCGACAACGCAUCCAGAAGCGUCGAGAGCCGACUUUAGCGGAGCGUAAGCAGCAGAAAGAUGAGGCUGAUGCGGAAGCUGCACUCAAUGGUUUGCUUGAUUUCAUGGGACUUGGUCGAUUACCAGACGAUGCAGAGUGGAUCCCAAUCUUCUUUACAGACCGUGAAGCUGCAGUGUCUAUGGAAAUGGGCCGAAUUGGAAUCUCAGUACAAAUUGUACCAGAGGAGGAAGCCUUGGCGUCUCCGGUUGGUAAGGGUCAAAAUGCCCCCAAUCUUAACCCGUAUCUGCCUCCACCUGUGGGGCGAAUGCGGCUGACGGCCAACCCGAUUGCUAUGCUUAAGGUGCUUGUGGGGCCAAAAAUGUGCAUCCGUCUAUCGAUCAUGUGCUGCUGUGUCGGGUGUAUCUUGUUCAUCUCGGUCUUCGGAGCUACAGUUAUGAGCACACUCACGUACCUUCAAGGUAUGGAGGCAAGACAUUCUAGCAUAAGAACGCCAUAG